AGUUGGCCUGGUAGUACUUCUGGUGUCCCAUAUAAAUUGAUUCCUCAUCCUGUUCAAUUAACAGCAGGCAAUUAAUUAGAAUUGUAAAAGACAUCUGGCAUAUUGUCACUUUCAGGAUGAAGUGCGGAACAUAUGCCAUCAUUAGAGCAGCAUGACCAUGCUUGUUCUAGUACAAAAUGGAGGGUUAGUUGCAGCAAACCGCUCAAAGGCUUACAAGACUAGACAAGCAAGGCAAUGCCUCUGAUUACUAAGUAUCAGGCUGUUUCAUAUUAUAAAACCAAUGUUUGGGCUAAGUACUACAAAUCUUUACAUUUUAUAGCUGGAUUUGAAACAGUCAUCAAGGCUGAACAACUAAGCCAUGGACAGCUAUGAGCUCCCACUGAGUGAGUUGCGCCAAUCUAGUUAGUUAUGCCGAAAGGAAAACUGUAUCUAUCACUAAAUAUGUAGAGUGCCUCUUGUACCUACGUUUUCCAUAUUUAUGAGGUCUGCCUAACCCCCAGGUUGGAUAUAUGAAGUAGUAAGCAAAUAAAUUACUAACAUGGACAUGUUCUGCCAUGGGGUAUACAUGCUAUGCCAUGUUCUCUCUCUCUCUCUUUCUCUCCAGUUCUUCCCCCUGGCUACCUUUUCCCACCAUAUAUAAACUUAUCCAAUUCGGCACACGUUUUGUCUCAUCCUGCCCAUCUCUCCUCCUUACACAUAUCCCAUAAAAAUGCCUAUGAUGUUUAGGUCUACUGGAGCAAAUGGGCUUCUAGGCCCCACUACUGGGAGCUUUGGUGGCCUACGCUCAGAUGUUGGGCUGGGAAUGGGUUUUGGUCUUGUUGGAGGUGCCUCUGCUGCAGGCUUAGGUCUUGGGGUAUCGAGAGGUGUCGGUUCCACGGUAAAUGUCACCCCAGGAUCUUUUAGCCGUGCGUCCACGCUUGUCCCUCUACUUACGCGGGCGGACGAGAAAAGCACGCUGGCAAAGUUAAACGGUCGAUUCUCCGGCUUUGUGUCUAGAGUGCGUCAACUUCAGAAAGAAAACGUUGCUCUGGAGGCGCGCCUAGCGGAGCUCACCGGGACCUCGGAUGCGACCACGGUCACAGUCCCUGCGAUCGAACAAGAAACCCUGCUGCAGGAGUACCGCAACAACAUUGCAACCCUCUCCCUGGACACAGUCAAACUGGAGAUCGAAUUGGAUGGCAUUUGUGAUGUUGCACAUGAACUAAAGGCCAAGUAUGAUUUUGAGCAAGGUGUGAAAUUUCAGUUGGAGGCUGAUAUUGCUGCCAUGAGAAAGGACAUUAAGGCAGCCUCUGAACUUCAUGAGGAGUUAGAUGCUCGGCGACACAGCCUGAAGGAUGAGUUGGACUCCAUCACCAAAAUAGAAGAGGAGGAGAUAGCCAGUCUUGAAUCCAAAAUGGGAAAAUCCUUUGACACAUCCGUGUCAUUGAUUGAGGUGGACACAGGGAAAUCCUUCGACAUCACUGUGGCACUGAACAAGAUCCGUGCAGAGUAUGAGGCAACAGUAGAGAAACACAGAAAGGAGGGUGACACAUACUACAAACUCAAGAUGGAGGAGGUCCAGGCUAUGAAGGAGAGCACUUCUGAGGAGCUCUCCUCCACUAAGCAGGAGCUCACCGCCUCCAAGAAAGAGCUGCAGACCAUCAAACUGGAGCUGGAGAAUCUCGUUAAUAAAACAGUGACCCUGGACCACCACCUCGCCGAGGCCCAGGCCCAGUCAGACUCUGCCGUGGCUGGGUAUCAAGCCCAGAUCCAGAGGCUGGAGGCCGCCAUUGAAACAGCCAAAACGGACCUCCUCAAGCAAAUCCUCAAAUACCAGGAGCUGCUAGACAUAAAGCUAGCUUUGGACACUGAGAUCCAGAGUUACAGGCUGCUGUUGGACGGGAGUGAUGACAGUGAUUUCCCCAUGCAGCUGAGUGGCGCCUCCUCCUCCCUGAACCUGUCCAAAUCCCCUCCCGUCUCCGUCAGGAGCCCCUCGCCCUCCAGUGCCACCCAAGACCUCCUCUCUCUGGAGCAGAGCACAGAGGAAGUGGAUCAGGCAUCAUCUAUGACUGUGACAGAGUCAUCAUCGACAUACUCCUACUCAGAAACUGUGAUUGAGACAACUACAGAAGAAAUUACAAUCACAGAAGAGAUGACGACAACUAUUUCUUCGGAUGCAGAAGACUAGUCUAGACUAUUGAGUCUGCUUCAACACUUUGAGGCAGACAGAAAUAACUAAGACAAGGGCAGAUUUUUGCCGUUCAAACAAUAAAACAUCAUUUCAAAACUACUAUGUGUCAGUUAGAUCACCUUAAAAUGCUGACGAGCCUUGACACUUUGUAUGUGUGUAUGAACUGUGUCUAACUUAACUUAUCUGAACUCUAACAUGUACUGCCAUAAUAGCCUUGUCCUUAAAGGUAAACAAUGCUGGGCAAUGUCUAACACAUAACACGUUUUGUAACACUCAGUGAAUAUCUCCUUAUGAAUCAUGAUCUGCUAGCUCUCUACUCUAGAAAACUAAUGAAACAUUUACAGUGGGGGCAGCCUGUCCCCCAAACAAUAACAAAACACUGUGGAAUUUCUUUGGGACCAUUGAAAGGAGUGAGCUACCUCUCUGAUGUGUUUUGUUUGGUCUUUGGUUCUAAUGUCAUGUAAGUUGCUUUGGAAAAAAAGUUUCUGAUAAGAAACAUGAACAAACGCGACAUCAUCUAGCACCGCUUACCCUACCCUUAAGUGCUGUUUUAUUUUGUUGUAUUUUGCUGUGUGGAUGUGUACAGUAGUUGCUUCGUUGAUGUCCUCAUAACUGGCUUUAGCAUAUGGUGCAAUCUUUUUUGUCUUUUGUCGUUUUGGACAUGUUAAUUACAUUUUGUGUUCUUUCAUUCUUUUCAACCUUUCAACUUUCUUUUCAACUGAUGGAUGUGAAUUUCUUGGAGUGGAGUGUGGUUAAUGUUUCGGUCUCCUUUUCCACACCCUCUUUUAAAAAAAAGAUGUUUUCACUUCAGAGCUCUUCCUAUGUGCUGUGGUCCAAGAGAUGCAAGCUGAAAGAACGUGUGUCUGUGUGGCUGAGACUAGUGCCCAUAAACCACCGUCGUCUCAACAAAGCUUUAUGCCGUUUCACAACCGAAAGUGCCAGAUCAGGUCGACAAGGAAACUCUCGGUUGGGUGGCUUCCAGGGGGAUUUUAUGUGCCAAUUCAAAUGAACGAGCAGGCAUGAUAACAUGUCACAUGGCAUGGGUGGCUGACAAGCCUAAUGUUCCUCUCUUUUGCCUGGUAUUUUUAGGGACAUUUUCUGUGCGUAUUGCAAUUGUUGUGGUGUACCAAUAGAU